CUGCAGCAUGGAAAACGCGCACACUAAGACGGCAUGUGAAGUUCUGAGCAACUUCGGGGUGAACGAGAACACGGGGCUGACGGCGGAGCAGGUCCGGGCCAGCUUAGAGAGAUACGGGCCAAAUGAGCUCCCAGCUGAGGAAGGCAAGUCCUUGUGGGAGCUGGUGGUGGAGCAGUUUGAUGACCUCCUGGUGCGGAUCCUGCUGCUGGCGGCCUGCGUGUCCUUCGUCCUGGCCCUGUUCGAGGAGGGGGAGGAGACCACUACCGCCUUCGUGGAACCUGUCGUUAUCCUGCUGAUCCUCAUCGCCAAUGCAGUCAUUGGCGUCUGGCAGGAGCGGAAUGCAGAGAAUGCCAUCGAGGCCCUGAAGGAGUAUGAGCCAGAGAUGGGGAAAGUGUACCGCAUGAACCGCAAGGCUGUGCAGAGGAUCAAAGCGCGGGACAUUGUCCCUGGGGACAUUGUGGAGGUGGCUGUUGGUGACAAAGUUCCAGCAGACAUCCGGAUUACCUCCAUAAGGUCCACGACUCUCCGUGUUGACCAGUCCAUUCUCACAGGUGAGUCAGUGUCUGUCAUCAAGCACACAGACCCGGUUCCUGACCCAAGGGCUGUCAAUCAAGACAAGAAAAACAUGCUGUUUUCGGGCACCAACAUUGCGGCGGGUCGAGCCAUCGGCGUGGUAGUGGCAACCGGCAUCUCCACAGAGAUCGGCAAGAUCCGCAACCAGAUGGCAGCCACAGAGCAGGAGAAGACGCCGCUGCAGCAGAAACUGGACGAGUUUGGCAAGCAGCUCUCCAAGGUCAUUUCGCUCGUCUGCGUCGCCGUGUGGGUCAUCAACAUCGGACACUUUGGCGACCCAGUCCACGGCGGCUCCUGGGUGCGUGGCGCCAUCUACUACUUCAAGAUCGCGGUGGCACUGGCUGUGGCAGCUAUCCCAGAGGGCUUACCUGCCGUCAUCACCACCUGCCUGGCACUGGGCACACGCCGCAUGGCCAAGAAGAAUGCCAUCGUGCGCAGCCUGCCCUCUGUCGAGACUCUGGGCUGCACCUCCGUCAUCUGCUCCGACAAGACGGGCACCCUCACUACCAAUCAGAUGUCUGUGUGCCGGAUGUUCGUGGUGGACCGGGCGGACGGUGCUGACUGCUCCCUUUUGGAAUUCUCCAUCACUGGCUCGACGUAUGCCCCUGAAGGACAAGUGCUGAAGGGGGACCGCCCCGUGCAGUGUGGAGACUACGACGGCCUGGUGGAGCUGGCCACCAUUUGUGCCAUGUGCAACGACUCCUCCUUAGAUUACAAUGAGGCCAAGGGUGUCUACGAGAAGGUGGGAGAGGCGACGGAGACGGCCCUGACCACCCUGGUGGAGAAGAUGAACGUCUUCAAGACUGACCUCUCUGGACUGACCAAGGUGGAGCGGGCAGGCGUGUGCAAUUCGGUGAUUAAGCAGGUGAUCAAGAAAGAAUUCACACUGGAGUUUUCCCGCGAUCGCAAGUCCAUGUCGGUAUACUGCACCCCCGCCAAGCCCGGCUCCCUCAGCAAGAUGUUUGUCAAGGGCGCCCCCGAGAGUGUGAUGGAGCGCUGUCAGUUCGUGCGGGUGGGCACCGGCAAAGUGCCCAUGACCCCCGGCCUACGGGACCAGCUGAUGGCACAGACCAAGGAGUGGGGGACAGGCCGCGACACACUGCGCUGCCUGGCACUGGCCACACGAGACUCGCCCCCCCUCAAGGGGGAGAUGGACCUGGAGAACUCCAGCAAGUUUGCGGAGUAUGAGACCCAACUGACAUUCGUGGGCUGCGUGGGCAUGCUGGACCCCCCCAGGAAAGAGGUGAUCGGCUCCGUGCAGCUGUGCCGUGAGGCAGGCAUCCGCGUCAUCAUGAUCACGGGUGACAAUAAGGGCACCGCCGUGGCCAUCUGCCGCCGCAUCGGCAUCUUCGGCGAGGAUGAGGACGUGGAGGGCAAGGCGUACACGGGCCGCGAGUUUGACGACCUCAGUCCCGAGGUCCAGCGAGAGGCUGUCAAGCAGGCCCGGUGCUUCGCCCGUGUGGAGCCCGCCCACAAGUCCAAGAUUGUGGCGUAUCUGCAGUCCUUCAACGAGAUCACAGCCAUGACUGGUGAUGGGGUGAAUGAUGCCCCCGCCCUGAAGAAGGCAGAGAUCGGCAUCGCUAUGGGCUCGGGCACCGCCGUGGCCAAGUCGGCCUCUGAGAUGGUGCUCUCUGACGACAACUUCUCCACCAUUGUGUCGGCCGUGGAGGAGGGCAGGGCCAUCUACAACAACAUGAAGCAGUUCAUCCGCUACCUCAUCUCCUCCAAUGUGGGCGAGGUGGUCUGCAUCUUUCUGACUGCCAUCCUCGGUCUACCUGAAGCCCUCAUCCCCGUGCAGCUGCUGUGGGUGAACCUGGUGACGGACGGCCUUCCCGCCACCGCCCUGGGCUUCAACCCCCCCGACCUGGACAUCAUGGACAAGCCUCCCCGCAACCCCAAAGAGCCUCUUAUAUCUGGAUGGCUCUUCUUCAGAUAUCUAGCUAUUGGAGGGUACGUGGGCCUGGGGACCGUGGGCGCUGCUACGUGGUGGUACCUGUUUGACGAGGAGGGACCUCAAGUGACCUUCUACCAGUUGAGGCACUUUAUGCAGUGCACCGACCAGAACCCCAUGUUCUCUGGCAUCGACUGUGAAGUCUUCGAAUCCCGCUACCCCACCACCAUGGCACUCUCUGUGCUGGUCACCAUAGAGAUGUUCAACGCACUAAACAGCCUGUCGGAGAAUCAGUCGCUGCUGAGGAUGCCUCCCUGGGUGAAUAUUUGGCUGCUGGGAGCCAUCAUCCUGUCGCUGUCACUGCACUUCCUUAUUCUCUACGUGGAACCACUGCCGCUGAUAUUCCAGGUGACCCCUCUGUGUCACUCUCAGUGGAUUGUGGUCUUGAAGAUCUCCUUUCCUGUUAUUCUUCUUGAUGAGGCCCUCAAGUACAUCUCUCGCAACCACCUCGAAGCCUAACCCUCCUCCUCUUGCCUGCCACAUUAAGGAGAAGAGGAGAGGAAGUACAGGAACAACCGGCAGCUCAAAUUCUAAAAUUCCAUUCACCCCUUUCCAGAAAGACCAUAAUCCCCCCCCCCCCCCCCCCACCGCCACUAGAAGCUUCACAUGUUCAGCCACCACUAGACAACUGAAUAGGGCUUGUGUGCAUGUGUGUCUGUCUGUGUGCAUCUGUGUCUUUCUGUGGCUGUGUGUGUAUGUGUUUGUCUCGCUCUCUUUCUCUGUGUCUUUCACUCUGUUUGUGUGACUGUGUCUGUGUGUCUCUCUUUGUCUGUGUGUGUCUCUUGUUCUGUCUGCCUGUCUGUGUGUGUCUGUGAGUGUGACUGUAUGCAUGUUCCCCUUCACUACUGAGUUUCUCCUGAGUGCCCCUCCUCCACAGAGAGCCUGUAUGUGGGGUGGGGGCACCCUCAGCCCACAGUCCCUGAAUGAAUCUUCCCGCGUUGCUCCCCAGUGUGGUGGCACCCAGCCGCUCACCUCUUUCUGCACCAGGUUUAAGCCAGAUAACAUCUAAACCAAAAAGCCAGUGUGACGCCCAGAGUCUGUGGGCUCUUCCUGUGCCUCUGGGCGCCGUUAAGGUGGACCUGCUCUGAGCAGCAUCGCCACACUGGGACCCUCGCCUGCUAAGGAAUUAGAGAUCACCUUAAAAACCAGGAAUGGACUUCGGCACUCUAUUUGAAUGUCAGAGUGGGUGGCCAUCAAACCAGAAUCUGCUCGGUGCAAUCGAUUAGGGUCCCCUCUGAUAACCCCUGGCCCCCGUCAGCUGUAGAUAAGAGUGCCGUCGAGCCUGAUAUUCCAUUAGAGCCAGCUCUGUGACCCAGCCCACCCCCCAAGCAUGCUGGGUAGUACAACACUAUGUAGGGGCUGCUGGUGAGCAUCAAUCACGGGGGUGGGGGGGCGGUACCUUGGAACAUGGCUGCUCUGAACUCCGACAGGCGGCUGGAUGUUCCCCAGAAGAAGGGCGCCCCUGUGGAGGCCAGCUGCCCCUUUCACCUGGCCCACCCCUCUCCUUUUUCACUCCUUUUUGUGCAAAGCGCUGGGGGGCUUUGAGCACAGCUUCCUGCCUUUGCUUCUGGAAUGUAGUCCAUGUGAUGCCUUCUCCAGCUUUCCAGUAGAAACGACAUGAUCAGAUCCCGAUAUAUGCGCACAUAAUUAAGAGCGAAGACUCCGCACCCUUGCCCCGCCCCCGCACGAUUCAGGUUCAGUCACUCAAGUCUCCUCCAAAUGCAGUACAGUUCAUUCUGUUGUUUUUUUUUACUGCUGUAUUUAAAUGCUUUUACGUGCAUUAACGUGGGUAUUGUUAAAGUGUGUGCGUGUGUGUGUGUAUAUAUACACACACACACAUACAUACAUGCAUACACAUACACACACACACACACACACAUACAGCUGACUGAAUGAGCCCUGGAGGUUUCUUUUGCUGGUAUUUUUAAUGUUAUAUUUGUAAUGUUUUUGCCUUAGUCGGGUGCUGCUUGCGCUUGCAACCUGUGCCACUGUGUUAGCGGAAGCAAGGUGACGCCAUGUGACCAAAGUCCCUGGUGAUGUCGUUCAGAGGGCAUGACAGGAGCGCCUCUACUGGCCAGGUGUGAGAACAACAUCUGUAAAUAACAAUAAUUGGCUUCUGACCUUAGAGCAAGAACACGAGAAGGAAGGCAGCUCCAGGUCAGGGCUUAUGUUGCGAUUCUUGAUCGCGGAGCCCUGCUGAGGCUAAUGCAGUGGCGUAAGGCGAUACGUGUCGUGGUUAGCCUGCACGUGCUGGGAGGUGCCCCGGGCUGCUGGGCUGCUCGAAAUGUGCCUGAAGCUUGGAAUUGUACAGCUUUCUUAUUUACUACUGAACUCUCCCAUUCUGUACAGAAAAAAGGAUUGCAUGGAACCUUGUUACUGUAAUUAAUAACCUAUACAGUAUAUAAUAUUUAAUUUUUUAAUAACUAACUUACAAACGGUGAAAGAACUGAAUGAAAGUUUUAUUUUUCUUCAAGCACAUGGCAUAUUGGGAUGUAAUUUUGUAGAAGGGUUGGUUACUCAUCGUUACCGCUUCUGUUUUUAAAGUUGUUUGGGUUUGUGUCUAAUUUUAGGGGAGGAAUAUGUGUAUAAUAAUAAUAGUAAUAAUAAUAAUAAUAAUAGCAAUUUGGUUUGGCAAUGAGAUUGUUCUGGGGAAUUGUCUGGCUAACGUAUUGAUGAAUUUUGGGUAAUGAAGAUGUGCUUUUUCUUUGGGAGGUCUGUUUCUUUGGGAGGUCUGGUCACCAGUCUUUAGCUGAGUCUCUUUGUCACCAUGGUUUGUCACCCGCUAACGAUGGCAUCUGGUCACAGAUACGGUACGCUUCUGAGUCGGUGCUGUAAAGCAUCGCUAACCACAGCCCCGAGAUCUCGAGUGACCACCCCCAUCCCACCUCCGUUACUGGCUUUGAUUACAGAGUGGGAAAAUAAAAGAUUCUCUCCAUUGCCUUGUUAAGAAUUGUGGACACAAUUUUAUAUAUGAAGAACAUUAAAAAUAAAAAUUAUUUAUCUUGUUAUUUA